AUGGCAACCAAAGAGAACGACCAGAAACCAAAGCCUAGCAGUUUGCGGUCCAUCAUCGCCGGCUCGACCGCUGGAGCUGUUGAGAUCUUCGCAAAAACCAGGACCCAGCUCAACCGCCGAUUAGCGGACGGCAAGAAAUUACCAUGGCCUCCAUUUGGACGGGCAUGGUAUGCAGGAUGCACGACACUGAUUAUCGGUAACUCGAUAAAGGCUGGAGUCCGCUUCGUCGCGUUUGAUGCUUUCAAGUCCCUCCUACAAGAUGAGAACGGAAAGAUUUCAGGUCCAAAGACCGUGAUAGCUGGAUUCGGCGCUGGGUUUACCGAGUCUCUCCUAGCGGUUACCCCAUUCGAGAGUAUUAAAACACAGCUUAUUGAUGAUAGGAAAUCUGCUAAACCACGAAUGCGUGGCUUUUUGCAUGGAAGUGCCAUUAUAUUUCGUGAACGAGGCAUUCGAGGCUUCUUCCAAGGAUUCGUUCCUACAACCGCCCGACAAGCAGCCAACUCCGCGACCAGAUUUGGAAGCUAUACCACCCUACGACAGUUCGCCCAGGGGUAUAUAGCUCCUGGUGAAAAACUUGGGACUUUAAGUACCUUUGCCAUUGGUGGGAUGGCUGGUCUCAUCACAGUAUACGUUACUCAACCAUUGGAUACCGUGAAGACAAGAAUGCAAUCACUCGAAGCAAGAAGUAGCUAUAAGAACAGUUUUGACUGUGUAGCAAAAAUAUUAAAGAACGAGGGAAUACUAACCUUUUGGUCUGGAGCUGUACCACGGCUUGCGAGGCUAGUGCUAAGCGGAGGUAUCGUUUUCACUAUGUACGAAAAAACUAUGGAGGGCCUUGAUGUGCUGGACCCCGAGAGAAAGUACAUCUAA